AUGGAGGAUUUUCCAGAGGAGCAGCAGAGACCCAAGCUCAAAAGUCAUGGCUUCCAAUUCGUCCCGUACCCGGACCCGGUGGCAACUAUAAAAGCGACCAGAGCAAAGAGCAAAGCUUUGGUCAGCAUAACUUCAGGAGUUCAGGUACAUAGCUUUCGUCAGCAUAACUUCAGGAGUUCAGGGAACUGCUACAAAAUGUUUCCUGCACUAAAUUUGCGCCUCUUGCUUCAUCUGCUUAUACUGGCGACGGCUUCGUAUUCUCAUGCACUGGCGUCCAGCAACGAGACUGAUCUCGAUGCCUUGCUAGAAUUCAAGGCAGGUCUAAACCGCCAGUCAGCUGAUGCAUUCGCUUCAUGGAACAAAACCACUGAUUUCUGCAAGUGGCGUGGUGUCAUCUGCAGCCUCAGGCAUAAGCAAAGGGUAUCUGCGCUGAACCUCUCCUCGUCUGGGCUUCUCGGCUACAUAACCCCUUCCAUCGGGAACCUCACGUACCUGAGGAGUUUAGACCUCAGCUACAAUCUGCUACACGGCGAUAUCCCACAGACGAUUGGCCAGUUGAUGCAAAUGUCAUACCUUGACUUAUCAAAUAAUUCGCUCCAAGGUGAAAUGCCCCGGACAAUUGGCCAGUUAUCACAGUUAACAUACCUAUACCUAUCGAAUAAUUCGCUUCAAGGGGAAAUCGCACAUGGCCUGCGGAACUGCACUCGUCUUGCAAGUGUCAAACUUGACCUGAACAAACUCGAUGGACGAAUCCCUGAUUGGCUUGGUGACUUGUCAAGAAUUGAGACCAUAUCAAUCGGGAAGAACACAUUCACUGGGAUCAUUCCACAAUCACUUGGAAACCUCUCGUCGCUGCGGAGAUUAUACCUCAAUGAAAACCAGCUAAGUGGUUCAAUCCCUGAGAGCCUUGGCAAGCUCAGAAAGCUUGAGGGUCUAGCUCUGCAAGUAAACCACCUCUCAGGAAACAUUCCGGGAACGCUCUUCAACAUUUCGUCACUCGUCCAUGUUGGUCUGCAAAUGAAUCAACUAAAUGGCACGCUGCCCUCCAAUUUGGGCCCGAACAUCCGACACCUUAUCUUUGCUCUAAACCAUUUCACUGGAAGAAUUCCGGCUUCCAUUGCGAAUGCAACCACAAUUCAAUCCAUGGACCUCUCUGGUAACAAAAUCACCGGAAUCGUGCCUCCAGAGAUUGGAACACUCUGCCCAAAAUACCUGAUGCUCAAUCAAAACCACCUGAAGGCAACCAAUGUUCAGGACUGGGGGUUCAUCACUCUCCUCACAAAUUGCACAAGCCUUCGUUGGCUCACACUGCAAAACAACAAGUUUAGCGGUGGGUUCCCGACCUCUGUCGCAAACCUAUCAGGGCAACUUGAAGCCCUAGAUAUCAGAUACAAUGAAAUCUCUGGCAAGAUACCAUUAGGCAUUGGCAGCUUUCCCAAACUAUUCAAGCUAGGGCUCUCUGGCAACCAUUUUACUGGCCCUAUACCGGACAGCAUAGGAAGAUUGACCAGGCUCCAGUUCUUGACACUAGAGAACAACCAACUCUCUGGGAUGAUACCGUCCUCACUCGGGAACUUAACACGGUUACAACACCUUUCAGCAGAUAACAAUAUCUUAGAGGGACCUCUUCCAAUAAGCAUUGGAAAUCUACAACAGCUUGUCAGUGCAACCUUUUCGAACAAUGCGCUUUCAGGUCGAUUACCUGGAGAGAUCUUUAGCCUACCAUCCUUGUCAUACGUUCUGGACUUGUCUAGGAAUCAUUUUAGUAGUUCUCUUCCGUCCCAAGUUGGUGGCCUCACAAAGCUCACAUACUUGUACAUCCAUGAGAACAACUUAUCUGGGAUGCUGCCAGACGCUCUCAGCAACUGCCAGAGCUUGAUGGAGCUCCGUUUGGAUGGCAACAACUUCAACGGUAUGAUUCCUUUGUCCAUAAGUAGAAUGCAAGGCUUGGUACUGCUGAAUUUGACCAAAAACAGACUCACGGGAGGGAUCCCUCAAGAUUUAGGACUCAUGAAUGGCCUGAACGAACUGUAUCUUGCACACAACAGUUUGUCUGCAAAGAUCCCCAAGACCUUGGAAAGCAUGACGUCCCUUUACCGGCUCGACAUAUCCUUCAACCUUCUUGAUGGCCAAGUCCCAGGACAUGGUGUGUUCACCAAUUUGACUGGGUUCACUUUUUAUGGGAAUGCUAAGCUUUGUGGAGGUAUUCAAGAGUUGCAUUUGCCUUCGUGUCCAGCCAAAACAGUUGGGCAUGGUCAAAGGAUAACCCGAGUCAUUCGAAAUGCAGUGAUCCCAAGCAUUACAAUCAUCUCGGUGUGCUUUAUAAUGGCAGUAUGUUUCUUCUCACUGAAAAAUAAAUUAAGACUGCCAUCAACUUCGGUAGCUCCUUCCUUGACGGGUGACAUGUAUCCUCGAGUUUCUUAUUCCAACUUGUUUCAAGCAACAAAUGGCUUCGCAACUGACAAUUUGGUCGGUACUGGACGGUAUGGAUGCGUCUAUAAGGGGAUGAUGACACUCAACAAGUCAGUGCGCAUUAUGGCUGUGAAGGUUUUUGACCUUGAGCAAGCUGGUUCCUCGGAAUGUUUCCUGGCCGAGUGUAAGGCACUUGGCAAAAUUCGACACCGUAACUUGAUUGGAGUUAUAACUUGCUGCUCUUGCUCUGACUUCAAACAGAAUGACUUCAAAGCUAUUGUUCUCGAUUUCAUGCCUUAUGGGGGUCUUGAUAAGUGGUUACAUCCAGGCAUAUAUGCAUCAAAUCCAGUAAAAGUUCUAACACUAAUGCAGAGACUGAGUAUUGCUUCUGAUAUUGCCGCCGGUCUAGACUAUCUGCACAACCACUGCCGGCCAACAAUAGUUCACUGCGACUUCAAGCCCAGCAAUAUUCUUCUUGGGGAUGAUAUGGUUGCUCAUGUUGGGGACUUUGGCCUUGCAAAGAUUCUUGCAGAUCCAGAAGAAUACGGUGAAGGUAGUCAAAUUUCUCCAAGUGCGGAUGUGUAUAGCUUCGGUAUCGUGCUCCUUGAGAUGUUUACAGGGAAAGCGCCUACACAUCCUAUGUAUACGGAUGGAUUGACCUUGCUCGAGAAUGUAAAGUCAGCAUAUCCAGCACAACUGAUGGAGAUUAUUGACCCCUUUCUGCUAUCAGUUGAGAAGACACGGAGAGAUAUCAAUAGUUACAUGUACUCUGUCACAAGACUUGCACUAGCAUGCAGCAGGAAAAGACCAACUGAGAGGCUGUCCAUGAGAGAUGUCGUAGCUGAGAUGAACAAGAUAAAGGCUUGCUGUGUUGUAGAAGUAAUCAGGGAAUGUAGUUCUGAGUGA